AUGCCUACCGUAGAUUGUCUGCCUGUGGAAGUGCGACGACGGAUUUGCCUUUCUGUCCGUGAUUACUCAUGGCAUGAUCUGUCCGCUCUAAGUCGAACAAGCAAAGAAUGGCAUGAUUUCGCAGCUACGGAGCUUUACAGGCACCUUCGACUGCCAUUCUCGGACCGCACAGAUCUUCAGAAUGGCAUGUCCGAGCUUCGCACAGAUGGCCUUGGUCGUCAGUACCUACGAUAUGCACGAACCCUCGAACUUGUAUGUCUGAAGAAACCAGGGCUCGAAACCAAAACAGCCAAAUGUCUGUGGCAGCAGAAGAAUUGGGCAAAUGAAUAUGUCCUCUUCAACCCUUUAGCCUCAAUGGACACACUCCUUCAGGACUCAUUGUUGGAAACCCGUGACGUCUCACUCCAGUUCCUGACCUGGACCCUCGCCUAUUAUCGGCAGGAGGACUGGGAGCCGAUAAUCGACCUCCUUUCGCGCUUGCAGCAUCUUCGGCUACUCAGCUACGCCGUGCUCAAUAUGUUUCCUACUUGCCUGUUCCAAGCGCUUCAACAGUUACACCCAGCCUGCCAAUUGGAUGUCUGGACUUCCCAGUCUCCAACCCUUGACCUACCCGGUCUAGGACGCUCCCACCGUUGCGUUGGUAAACAGUUCAAAGAGCCUUUUGACCUCAACAUCCUGCGUUCCUCAGCACUUCGUACCCUCAAGGCGGUCUAUACAGUGGGCCAGGAUCCUGAGCAGGGAUGGAUACAUAACGACGAGGCCUUCUCUUUCAUCUUCACGGCCCCGAAUCUUAAACAUUUGCUCGUUGACGAGAUGCCCGCCCGGCGUGAUAAUCCGAUUAUGAAGGUCAAACGGGAAUGGCAGGAGUUUGCCUCCCAGGCGAAGCCUUCUCGUGCCUCACCCUGCAUAGAUACCUUGACUUUCAUCAAUGGCGAUCCUCAUCACCCGUAUGAGCGCAUCCUUCUCAAUAUCUCAACCAUGGUUGAUCUCUCUAGACUGCGAUCCCUUGAUGUGGCCGUCAAUUCAGAGCCGGCUAUGUUAAGUAAAGCAGCGUCGAUCCUCGGUCAGUUGGAACGUCUGUAUGUCCAUAUGGUUCCCUGGAAUAAGCAACGCGUCACCGAUUGGUACAAUGAUCCCGAGGGUUCCACAUGGGAUGAUGAAGAGAUGAUAUCUGCAGUGCAAGCAUUCAGGCCGCUACGGUUUUUGUGUCUGCGGGGGUUGCGAAAUAUUUCCUCUCUAUCCCGCAUUCUCUCCUCCCACCACUCCUUGGAGGGCCUCAGUCUUGAGGGUUCCGAUCGGCAUCCGCGAACACCCCCAGAUGGAUUCAAAUACCCUAUCUUCAAUAGCGAACACAUUCGGUCCAUAGCCAAGUUAUGCCCGCGACUCGAAGAGCUCCGCAUGCCACUACAGCGGUCUCAGGGUAAUGCUCAGGAGUGCGAGAUUUAUAAGGCCCUCGGGCAGCUUUCGCGCAUUCAGACCGUUUACCUCGAUCUUGACUGCGAUCCUCGGAGUUCGCCACAAGAGGACGAAAUCCCAAGUCCCAGCUGCCUCCGGGAGGUUCUCAUCAACUCCGCCAUUGACGAAAGCCUCGUAACCGAAAUCUUUAAGCUUGUCUUCUUUCACCAGAAGACUCGCAAAAUCAAGAACUUGCGUGUCAAUCUCGUGGGAGCAGAUGGCUUUAGUCGAGAACUGGAACAUGUGAUCCGGCAGCUUGCUAGAUCAUUCCUUGUCACCCGGAAUGACUUUUACCUCAAUACGGAUGAGCUAGUGGAGGUCAAGGAGAUUGGGGGAGUCGCGUGGCAAUUGUGGCGUGAGGACGAGAUUGGCUAUUCGGGGCCCGUCCAUAUCCCUCGGGAUAUCAAGGAGGUUUUGGGGGAGUUCUGGCCGUUGCAGUCGGAUAGGAAUCGAAGUAAGAAGUGGAAGGAGUUUCCAUUGCUGGUCCGAAGUUUUCCCCUGGAGAGUAUGCAAUGAAUAAGCCUCAUGAGGAAGUCACCUUUACCCGAUCUUGUAG